CCUCUCCCACCCACUUGGUGUCGCAUCCUUUCUUUCCACCUUCCACUUUCCCCCCUUCCCCUUUCUUCAACUACAGGCCAAUUCUCUGUACGCCGAUUGAAUUCGCUGGUCACUGACCUGCUUCCACCAGCGACAAUCCACCUUGUUCUAUUCUCUUCACUUUUCUACCCUUAGAUCACCGCGGGGAAGAUCGUUUUCAUUGUCUCGUGCCCAUCUGCGUUCGGCCGGUUUUCUUUUUAUUUUUGCGUUCUCUAUUUUGCCAAUCUGCUGGCCAGAUCCAUCUUGCUUUUAUCUCCAAUUCGUUUUUAACCUCUCUUCCAUUCGUCGAACCGUAUCACUUACUACUAUACUCGGUCACCAUGAACGUCAACAGGAAAUUUGAUCGCUUCAAGCAAUGGGCGGGGGAGAGAAUGGGUGGUGAGGUCAAAACUAAUCUCUCGGAUGAUUUCAAAGCCAUGGAGACAGAAAUGGGCGUGCGAAACGAAGGUCUUGAUCGCCUUCACAAGUCCAUGAUUGCCUACGUCAAAGCCGUCUCGAAGCGCAGCGAAGGUGAUGAUAAAGAGAAGACAUUACCCAUUGGUCAUUUGGGCACUAGCAUGGUCAGCCAUGGCGAGGACUAUGACGCCCAUUCAGAUUACGGCCGUUGCCUUACAAAAUUCGGACGGACAGAGGAGCGCAUUGCUCGCCUCCAGGAGUCGUAUAUCGCAGAGGCGAACUCAAGCUGGCUUGAGUCCCUGGAUCGGUCCUUGGCGCAGAUGAAGCAGUACCAGAAUGCCCGUAGGAAACUCGACAGUCGACGGUUGGCUUUUGACACUUCGUUGUCCAAAAUGCAGAAGGCAAAGAAGGAGGAUUUCCGCGCAGAGGAAGAACUUCGGACCCAGAAGGCUAAAUAUGAGGAGGCUAACGAUGAUGUAUACCGGCGGAUGCAGGACAUUAAAGAAGGUGAAGCAGAGAGUAUUGCGGAUUUGGAAGCAUUUUUGGAAGCGCAGUUGAACUACCACGAAAAGUGCAGAGAAGUCCUUCUCCAACUCAAGAAUGAGUGGCCUAGCCGGCAAUCUCAGGCACAAAGUUCGAGUGGUCGGCGACCUGGUCGUGCCCGUGCUAGCACAGCCCAUUCGUAUCAGGAGCGAUGCGAACCCCUGCAUGAGGAACUUAGCAACUCGGCAGAUCUGCGCCCCAUUAUUCGGUCAAGCAGGUCUCCGUCCGAUGUGGGUGACUCGAGAGAAGUCUAUGCCCCGGAGACUGUACCGCAGAGGCCUUUCCUCAAUAGGACUUCAACGUUCGAAAGUCCAGCACAACUACGACAGGAGCAAGCGUACAGCCCAAGUCCUCGACCAUAUCGAGCGCCUAGUGAGAAUUUCAUUACCGGCAGGAACAGCGUCCUGGCUCGGAUGGCUGCCGAUCCGUCUGAGGAGACCAGCCCGCGAUCUGAUUCCCCGGUAUCAUCAUUUGGGGGUGUUACGAGAAGAAGCAGUUCGACGACAUUGAAUGGAGCUGCGGUACAGAAGAAAGCACCUCCACCCCCUCCACCUUCGCGCGCGAAGAAGCCGCCACCGCCACCGCCUAUGAAAAAGCCUAUACUCAGUGCUGGCGAAGCAUAGGGUCGCCUCACAUCAGACAUCACAGAUAGUUCUAGGAGGCUGCGGCGGAUAGAUCGCAAUGGGGUGUCAUAACAUUUUCAUUUUGCGGGGCUUUUGAGGCCAUGGCUACUAUCCACUUGCCUGCGGUGAGUGGCAGUAGAUGAUCAGUCUGCUAUUGAUGAUAUUCAUUGGCAUGUAGUAGUAUGCGGCAGCAUUUGUAUUUAUAGUUGUGCAAAGAUGCUCUCGAUAUACCUUUGUUUAUAUGUAGGAUAAACUACAUCGUCUUUUGAUGCAUAAAUGUCUUAGGCGUGCAUAUUGGAUUGUCG